AUGGCUUCUUACGCUGAGUCUGGUGAACCCUCACCUAAACUGUUGCCUCAAUCUUUCAAUGGUUCUGACCUCGUGACUGAUAAGAGGAAGUUGAUUCUCAUAUACAUCCAUGGGUUUUGCGGGACUGAAGAGUCAUUCGGUCAGUUCCCUUCUCACGUCCAUAGCUUUCUCAAACAAGCCCUCGGAGAUACCUACGUCGUCUAUUCAAAGAUCUACCCACAGUACGAAACACGUAAUUCCAUGGAUAUCGCGGUAGAAAAUUUCAGCCGCUGGCUUCAGCCACACGAGAACUCCCAAACAGACGUCAUUCUAGUAGGACACUCCCUGGGUGGCUUUUUGGCUGCUCGAGCUGCUCAGAUAAAAGAAUCUCUCAAUUUGGAUCACCAGCAACGCCAUUCUAUAAUCGGCACAAUAUCGUUCGACUGUCCCUUCUUGGGCCUGAACCCCGGCAUUAUCGUUCCUGGCAUCAUCUCUCUGUUCCGCCCUAAACAUACAGAAAUCGAAACAAAGGCUCAAUUGCUUGAGUCGGACUCCUCAUCUUCUCGACUUCUACCAACGAUUCCAUCCGCAUCUUUAGUAGAUGCGGGCUUCAAUCCCCCCUUCUUCAACGACAACCAAGUAUGGCCGAAUAGACUACCAUCUGAGCCCAAACCCAUGCAGUCAGUUUGGAACAGCGGCCUCCAGUGUUGGUUACGGGAAAAUAUUGCCUACUUUACUUCGCACUGGGCAUAUGGACGCUGUCUAAGGCGACCCUGGACACUGAGGCUUAGGUAUCACGAGCUACGAGCUCUUGAGGGCUACAAUGAGUCGUUCCCAGCAUACGAAAAGCAAAUUGCGCAAUCAGGAAAUCUUGGAAGGCGACAAAAAAUCCGGUUUCUGAAUUUCUUCACAUCCUGCACACCACGACAGUAUUGUUGGCGGUCAAAAAUCUCUUCAUGGGGUAAUGGAGCCACAGACAAAGGACGAUUCUUUGAGCAAGCUGGAAAAGACCAUAUACUAGGUGACCUCUUCCGAGAUUCUGAUAUUUGGAGCACUGAGGUGGAGAGCCUAGGGCACUACGAGCAAUCCGCCACUGAUCUUCUGUGUCUGCAAGAACGAAAGACCAACGAGGCGUACAGACCUCUCGGCCAUCGCUUGAGACCAUAUCAGCCUACCAAUCUUUUGCAUUGCUUCAGCGCGCUCUUGUCAAAACUAGUGGAGUUCCUUGGAUGUCUGUUAUCACUAUUUCAAGGUGCUCCAGAAAGUCACACUUAUUCCGAAGAAGAACGACUGACCGAUGAAGGUCAAGCGGACAGGCAAGUUGCAGUAAAGCCGGAUGAGGGGCGCACAUUCUGCAUCCUUCCGCCGGAGGCUGAUCCUAUGUGGGUGCGCAUCUCCAUGGAGGGCACAGAUGAAGUUGGAGCACAUUGUAGCAUUUUCGCUGACAACGGAUCGCACUAUGAGAAGUUGGUACUUCGCAUGGGCAAGGAGAUCGUUCAAUGGGUUUGUGAUAUCAGCUGA